AUGUCUGUCGACUCGCAGAAGAAGGAGCUCAACGCUUUCCUCUCCUUCUUCGCGACGCUCGACCUUCCACGCCCUGUAACGACCAUCGGAGACCUCUCAGAUGGAGCGGCUCUGUUUGAUAUCCUGUCCAUCGUCGACCCCGACUACUUCCGCCAGCCGGGGCGUCCUUCCGCGCAACCUUCGGAAAACUGGGUUCUGCGCUUUGCGUCUCUCAAGAAGCUGUACAGGCUGUUGACCCAGUACUUCUCCGAGGUCCUUCACCAGCCGACGAGUGCGCUCGAGGUCCCGGACCUACAGUCGAUCGCGAAGGACUACAAUGUGAACGCGACGCUCAUCAUGUGCCGCCUGACCAUUGCCAUCGCGGUCCAGUGCGAGAACAACAAGGAGAUCAUUGAGCGCAUACAGAAGCUCACCGAAUCCGAGCAGCAUUCGCUCAUGAGGGUCAUUGAGCAGAUCAUGACCAAGGCGCGCAAGUCUGCGGAGGCCGGGAUGGAAGCGAGCAUGACAGAAGACGACCACUAUUACCAGAUUCAGUCGGAACGGAGCCGGAUACUGGCAGAGAAGGAAACCCUCAUGAAAGUGUAUCAACAGCUACUAGAAGAGCACAGGACAUUGCAGACGAAUUUCGACGACGCGGUGAAUGAGAAGGAGGAUGCGGUUGGGCAGCUGAAGCAGGCUCAGCGUGAGGCCGAAAGUGCGAGCAAGCGUGCCACGGACUCUCGUGGAGACAACAUGCUCCGUGGAGAGAUGGACCGCCUACGGGCUGACCUGCAGAAGAGCGAGGACAACUUGGCCGUGGCGGAGUCUGAGCUCGACAAGCAGACGGCUCUCGUGACAGACCUGACGCGCAAGGUCGAUGAACUCCAAGGCAAAGCGGAUGAAGCUGUUCGCUUGAAGGAUCAGCUUGACGAAUAUCGGCAUGCAGCAGAUAAGCUACAGAAAACCGAGAACGUCAUGGAGAAGUAUAAGAAGAAGCUCCAAGAGGCCGCGGACAUGCGACAACAGGUCAAAGUAUGGUUUGGAGAAGCAAAACUCGGAUCUCGUCGACAAAACGCCGCCCUUGAGGAGGAGUACCGCAAGGUCGCUGCGUUCAAGCCGCUUAUGGAGUCCUACAAGUCCCAAAUCGCCGAGCUGGAGACCAAAUCGUCGGCACACCGCAAGGAAAUUGAUGCGCUCAAGUUCGAGCUCGACCAGACCAAGACCAAGCUCAAGGUGACACAAGACGAGCGCGCGAAGGACUCAGAGACCCUUGAGCUCUACCAAGAGCGCGUGCGUGAACUCGAGUUCACGUCCCAGCGCCCUCUUGCCACCUCGCGUACGCGUCCGCCCGAGGACGAGCCUACAGGCAAUCAGGCCGAUCUCACCGAAUCUGAACUGAUGGGCAACAACAUCCCGCACGACGAUGACGACCUCAAGCUGCAGGUGCGGAAGCUGCAGCGCGAGCUCGAGGCGGUGCGCAAGAACGAGGCGGACUCCAGUCGCCUCCUUGUACUCGAGAACUUGCUCGAGGACGCGAACCGCAUGAAGGCGCGCUACGAGGCGGAUUACCUCGCCGCCCACCGCGAGAAGCUCAUGCUCCAGAACAACCUUGAGGAGAUCCGCAACGGCAAGUCUAUGGGCGAUGGGGCGGAGGCUGCGAUAGCUCUGCGUCAACGCUUGAACGAGACUGUUGACGAGCUCGAUCAGCUCAGGAAUGAGCACACCGAGCUCUCAGUCAAGUUUGAUGCGAUGUCUAAGGAGCUCACAAUCGCCAAGUCUGAUCUGACCCUUGUCAACCGUGACCAGCUCGACAUCCUCAAAACUCUGCGGGAGUCUGUGGAAGAAGACAAGAUCGAACUCGAGGCAGAAGUGGACCGUCUGCGCACUAACGUCAAAGAGCUCUCCGACAAGAACAAGAUGCAACUCGAGCAGAUCAACGGUCUGCUCCUCGAGAAGCGCGACAGGAUGCUCCAGCGUGAAAGGGCGAUCGGCGACCUGCGUGCAUCGCUGUCUGGCAAGGAUGUCCCGGAGGAUAUCAGGCAGAAAAUGCUGGGCAUGCACGAGGAGAACCUCAGCCUCAAGGAGCAGUACAAGACUGCCCAGGACAAGCUAUCAAAGCGAAAGCCGUACUUCAUCAAACAGCAGGACAAGCUGUUCAAGGAAGAGCAUGCGAAGAGCACGAGCUCGAUCCCUGCGGGAGCCUUCGACGAGGCAGAGAACAGCUUCAGGACACAAAUCAAGAUCUUGGAAGAGGAUCUCGCUCGGCAGAGGUCGUGGUUGCCCACUGACUCAAAUCGUUCGCUUACUCGGCUGCACUCAGAGGCCACCACCAGAUACAGCAGAGAGCAAACCCUCAUGCUCAGUAUCAUCCACAGUCAAGGCAUGCGCACAGCACGAGACCAGCUGGGCUUCGCGAAGCAACAAACGCGGCCGGAACCCACAAGUGGCUCAAACAACAACGCCAGAACGUAA